GUGUUGCUGGCCUGUGUCCCGAGUGCGAGCGUAGGGCGCUGAGCGGCGUCGUACUAGUUGCUGUGGAGCCGGCUCGCGUGGCUGCUCGCCCUGCCAGCCUCCUGUCAUGGGCAACGCCGAGAGCGCCGAGGCCCGAAGGGUGUCCUUCGAGAUGGAUGAGGAGGAGCGGGUCCGGGUGCUGCAGGGCAUCCGGCUGUCUGAAAGUGUGGUGAACCGCAUGAAGGAUUCCAGCCAGCCUUCAGGAGGGCAGCAGCUGGCUUCUGGGCUUGGUCCUGCACCUCCUGCUCCUGUGCCCACCAUUCCUGUGCUCACUGUCCCUACACCUACCACUCCUGUGCCCACCACUCCUGAGCCCACUGCUCCUUCAUCUUCUGCAAGUGACCCCCCAGAAGGCACCUUUAAAGCCCCUCAGACAGACUUUAAUGUGCCCACAGAAGACAGUGAUGGUGGCCAUCAGCCCUCAGCAGUGAAGGAGGAUCUCAAGAGGUUCCAACAGGAGCAGGCUGCAGUCCAGGAUGAGUUGGUCAAGGUGGCAAAAAAUGAGAAAGAGGCAGCUGAGAAACACUUGAAGGCAUCACUGCCUAAGAGUCGGGCCAGUUCCAGCCCUGAGAAGCAGCAGUCAGCUCGACUGGCCAGGGAACUGGAGAACAAAGAGGCUGAGCUCAGCCGCCGUGACACCUUCUACAAGGAGCAGCAGGGACGCAUCCAGGAGAAGAAUGCCGAGCUGUAUAAACUGUCUUGCCAGCAAUUCCAUGAGGCGGCUUCAAAAGCAGAGAGCACAAUAAAGCCCCGCAGAGUUGAGCCUGUAUGCUCUGGCCUACAGGCCCAGAUCCUCCGCUGCUACCGUGACCAUCUGCAUGAGGUGCUUCUGUGCUCGGACCUGGUCAAGGCAUACAAGCACUGUGUGAGCACUGCCCGCAAGGGCUGAGGAGCAGCAUCUUUCCUGGAGCCUUGAAGAAGGGACCAAUCAUGGGACCACCAGACCCCAAGCCAUGGCCCCUGUGCCCUUCAGUCUCUGGCUGGGCACCCAUAUGCCUCUGAGCAUGGGGCCACCAUGCUUGAGAAACAGUAUGUGCUACUGACCGAAAACAAAUAAAACAGAUGUCUUUGUUUGCAGUCAUUCA